UACUAGGCUAGGUUAAAAGGUGGUGCUGUGCGGUGCUGUAAACACCACGGCUUUUGUUUGCUAACCUAGACCAACGGACUCCCCUGCUGGCAACUACCAUUGGCAAAAGUGUGCAUACACAGGUCGUAAAAUUCCCAACUGCCCUCAAGGUCCCAGAAAUUGAACUGUUUUGUGCCGAACCAGACCAGACCAGACGAAUCGGGCAACCCAAGCGAGGGGCAUGGAAGCAAUGUGACGCUACUGGAGCUUUCAGAAUAGCCUGGGGAACCAAAUUCCAGAGCUCUAUUUUCUCAAUAUCAUCAUCCACCCACUUUCACAAGCUUUUAUGAUACACUACACUCUGUACCCACCUCGAAAUACAGAGCCAGAACAAGUUCCGAUCAGACAGACCAAGACGGCUUCCAUCCAGCAACCAUGGCACCCUUAGCAUUUGAGCCUAGCAAGCUGGUCGAUUUCAGCCAGCAGAGCUUGUACAUUUCCGCUGCUGCUAUUGCAUUCAACCCUACCUUCUGGAACAUCGUCGCCCGCCGCGAGUACCGCACGCACUUCCUAUCCCGCAUCUUCAACAACAACCGCCAGGCCGCCUGCUACUUCCUCGCCGCGACCAUCUUCUCCCUGGGCCUCGUCCGCGACUUCCUAUACGAGCGAGCCCUGCGCAGCCAGCCCUCGUACCCGGCCCUCGAGGCCCCCGAGGCCAAGUGGCUUGCCUACGCCCUCAUCGCCUCGGGCAACAUCCUCGUCGUCUCCUCCACCUGGGCUCUCGGCAUCACCGGCACCUUCCUCGGCGACUACUUCGGCAUCCUCAUGGACCACAUGGUCACCGGCUUCCCCUUCAACGUCACCGAGGCCCCCAUGUACUGGGGCUCCACGUGCAGUUUCCUGGGCACGGCUAUCUUGUACGGAAAACCGGCGGGCCUGCUGAUCACGGCUUGGGUUUGGUUGGUUUACAAGGUCGCGCUGGCUUAUGAGAACCCUUUUACGGCCGGCAUUUAUGCCAAGAGGGACCGCGAGGCCAAGAAGAGCAGGUAGAGAAUCAAGGGGGAUAAACCGGUUGUGUGAGGGAGGGGAUACGAGGGGUAGAGAUAGGCGGCGGCGGGCCUGGGUUUUACGUGGAACUACCGACAUGCAGAUGACAUGUCCAUCAUGGGAAAAGCCA